CAUUUUUGCAUUACCAAUUAGGAUUUUCUAGAGUUUUGUUCCAAUUAGAAAGCGUUUCAUAGAUGCUUUCCUUAGUGAACAGAUUCUAUUAAUCUAACUGCGGAAGUUUAUGCAAAAUCUUAUUGAGGCGUUUUAGAUCCGUUUAUACCAAUUGUUGUAUAUCGGAUAACAAAAGAAUGAAUAAAAUGUUUCUAUUAUCCUGUCUUGCUCUGAAUACUAUGUCUUAUGGUUCCUGAUUUAUAAGGAAAUUUCAGUCAACUUCACAUGAUUAACUUUCUGGUAAUAAUACUUUAUACGGUCAACUAACAAUAAUGGACGUUCAUAAAUUUUACAUCCUACUUAUAGUAUUAUUUCUCAGUAUUCCGACAAAAAGUUUUGCAAAUAAACCGGAACGUACACAAUACGAUUUCUUGUCAUUAUGGAAAUUAAAAAAUAAUGCCUUCGUAAAUAUAGAUUACGGUUUACCUGUUAACAUAGUUGGUGGUUUAUUACCAACUGUGAAAUUGCAGUUUAUUCGCUGUAAACCAGAGAAAGCAGGAUAUUGGACUAUGACAGAUUGUCAAGCAUUAUAUAUACCAUCUGGCUGUCAUUUUACUUAUGAACAAAUAAACUUGUUACAAAAUACAACAUCACAGAGCAUCAAUUGUAAUCAACAUGUUCAAAAUAAAUUAAUACCUAACAGAUGGACUGAAGAAGCGGAUAAAAAGUCCACACAAGUUGUGAAAAUUCAAGUGAAUAGUGACAUAACAAACAUGAAACUUAAAGCAUUCUUUUUGCACUGUGGAAAGAAUUUAGCAUACUUCAAUGGCAAAACAUUAAUACCAUUAUGUGACUGGGAUCAUUACACUGAAUUAGUUUCAAAUGGUAAUUCACUCGACGUUUAUGGAUACAUUAAUACUAGUUCAGUUCUAUCUGUAAUUUAUAUUUAUUAUUUCUGUACAAUCACUUGGUCUGAAAUGCAGAAAAAACCAGAAAAUAAAAUGAGACAUAUUUUAUGUCCGAAUUCAUGUUCGUAUGGUGCUGUAAGAUGUUUUGGUAAACCACAAGUUAGAAGAACAGUUAGUGAUAUAAGGAAGUCAAUAAUGGCUAGUAUUACACAUUGUAUUCCCAUCGGAUUAGGUGUAUUCGAUUAUGAAUACCAAUGUCUAUGUGAAAAGGGUUAUUCAUGGAAUUCUGAUACACGGUCAUGUGAACCAGAGGAUCCUUGUACACUUGAUCAGAUAUUAGCCGUAAAGGCUAAUGAAAUUCAAGAAGAUAGGUUAUGUGAUCCGAAAGGAACUAUACGAUGUAUUUAUACACAAUAUUACAGAAACAAAGAUAUAUUUGGUCAUCGAAUAAGGCUUAGUUUACACUAUUCAUGUAUAUGUCAUCCUCAGUUUAUGGGAUAUCGUUGUGAUCGUUUAAGAAAUUCAUGCAUUGAAGUCAAUACCAAAAAAACUAAUACGGAUCAGAAUAACUUACCUAAUCGUGUACCAGGAAAUGAAGCAUGUCGUACAUAUUUAGGAAAUAAAUGUAAUUCAAUAAAUGGUACCAACCACUAUACAUGCACUUGUGUUGGGAAUUAUAAACAUUCACCAAAAUAUUCUUUCUACAAUUGUUAUGAACAAAGAAAUAUAUGUGACAGCUAUGUCAAAAUAAAGGAACUUGCAUAUCCAGUGGUGACGGUAAAAAGUUUUUUUGUCUAUGUGAAUAUGGCUGGAGUGGCAAAUAUUGUACAGAACCUGAAAUUAGACAGUGGCUUCCUUGGAGCCCGUGGUCAGAAUGUUCAGCUACAUUUUAUGCAAACUAUGGAUGGAAACUUCGUACCAGAGAGUGUCGUUUACUUGGUAAUGAAAGUAUCUAUUCAGGAAAGUGUUCAGGAAAUAAAAUGGAGCUCCGGAUAUGCACAGAACGGUAAAUAUAUAUAUGAAUACAGUUUCAUUUAGGUUUUCUCAAACUACUCUUUACCUUUAUUACCAUAAUAA